AUGACUGAUCUCAAGAUGUCGGCCGAACCGCCCCCGGGCCCCGGGGCCCACGCAGCCCACGGGGCGAGCGACGCCGACGGCGCCGACGCCGAACUGGGCGCGCCGGGCGCGUCGGACGCGUCGAUCGCCACGGGCUCCCGGGGCGUGUCGGAGCUCCUCGCGCGGAUCACCGGGGAGGGGCCCAAGUUGGCGCCCGCCGAGGUGGAGGACUUCUUCCGCGCCGGGCUGUGGUCUGGGGCGUCCGGCGCGUCCGGGAGCCUGGGCUCCGUCUUGGACCGGGCCGCGGACCUGGUGCAGCCCUCCUCGUCCGCCGAGCCCCCGCCGGAGGCCUCGGAGGCCUCGGAUUCGGGGCCCUCGGCGAGCCAAAAGGAGACGGAGGUAUGGGACGAGGACCCCGAGCCCGAAGCUCGGGAAGCGCCUGCGACGCCACCCAGGAGGAGCCCAAGAUUGAGCGCCACGCCGGUGAAGACGGCGCCAAAGAAAAAGAAGGAGGAGCUGGGCAAGCGCAACAGAGUCACUUCCAAGCCAGAGCGCAGGCCAUCCCCGGUGAAAGAGCUACCUCCCAUCCUCAAGAAGAGUGGUGCCUAUGCCAACGCGAAGGCCAAGGCAGUCGCGAAGGCGAAAGCGAAGGCCAGAACGAUUGACAAGAAGAGGAUCUAUGAGGAGCAGGACACCAUCGUGUUGGCCCGGCACAGCAACCUGCGAAAAUCCCAUCAGGGCACUUUGGCCAAGCUGCGAGAGCCCGCCCUGACCUACGUCCCCGUGGAGGCCUUUCUUCCGGAUUCCAGGGUGCCCAAACGCUGCAGGAUGCCCCCUUUGAAGAGCUGGCGCAACGAGCGCGUGGUGUACCAGCGCCUGGCUGGCUCCAUGACGCCCUCCGUGGCCGCCGUGGAGCUCGACAUGACCCCCGAGGAUCGUGUCGGCUCGCGCAUGGCGCUUCCGGCGUUGCAGCCGGACUUGGACCGCGAGGCGGUGGAGUUUCUGGGGAUCACCACCGAGAACCUCACCAGCAAGAUGUACGCCUUGCCUCAGGGCAGGAGCUCCUCGGCGCCGUGCACCGUGGCGCUGCAGGGCUGCGGCGUGCUCCACGUCUUGGACGGCGAGCUGCGCUUCGCGCGGGCGGACGCCGAGGAGCUGCUGCUGCCGCAGGGAAGCACCAUGCUGGUGAAGGGCGCAGGCACCAAGCUUUUGGCGCCUGUCGCGGAUGGACACGCGGGCGACCUGGGCGCGCGCUUCCUGUGGGUGGAGUCUCACUGCGCCGUUGGAAUUCUCUCGCUAGGCCAAUGGUCCGGUGAGCCCAUCGCCGGAUAUGCCGGCGCCCAAGCCCGUGGGUUGGAGAGCUACAGCUUUCUGGAAGACGCGGCGGAGGCCAGCACCCGAAAGGGCCAGGUCGCCAAAGCGCUGCCAGAGCUCAAGGCCGCAGCGGAAGCUGCCAAAGAAAGCGGAGACGCGCGGCUGGAGGUCCAGCUGCGGAACUUGCUGGCCCGCGGCUGCGUGAUCCUGGGUGAUCCAGACACCGCGAUGCAGGAGGCGGAGGCCAGCGCUGCCCAGCUGGAAGGGCUCCAGGAUAAGAGCUUAGAAGCAAAGCAUCACUUGACGGUUUCACGAAUUCAUUUCAAGAUGAAUGACUUCGAGUCUGCUGUGCAGGCGGUCCGAGAGGCGAUCGCCAUCUACCAGGAGCGGGGAGAGGGCAAGAAAGAGGCGGCGGCUUUCUAUGAGCUGGCUGGAGUUUGUAUGGAUUAUGGGAACCUGAACGAAGGGCACCAAGCCGCCGACAAGGCUCAGGGGCUUUGGCAAAAUGAGGGCGACAGGAAGGAAGAGAUCAAGGCCAUGCUGCGCCUGGCAGAGAUUGUCGCCAUGAAAGGUCAGAUGGAUGAGGCGAUUGAUAUGGCGGAGGAGGCAACAUCGACUGCCUUGGAGUGCAAGACACCUUCCACUGAGGUUCUCUUGAGCGGUUUGGUGGAAACCAGCACAGACAGGCUCAAGAGGCUUCUGAGCUGCCUGUUCCGCAAACCCUUGGCCGAGGGCCCGGCACUCGGCCUCGACUUCCUGGCGCUGCCAGAAGGCGCCUGCGACGUGCUUGUGCCCUCCCGUUUCCCAGGGGUGGCCUCCGGCAAACCUUUGGCUCCAUGGAAGCUGGUGGAGGACCCGGACACCUUGCCUCACUUGCCGGCGCCGCCGGGGUUUGAGCUGAAGGGCAAGGCCAAGGGCAAGGGCGCGCACCGCGCGGUGAAGGGCAAGGCCAAUGGCAUUGCAAGUUUCUCCAACCAAAAGGGCCGAGGAAGGGCCAAGGGCGAUAGCGCCUUCCAGCGAUCGCAGGCAGGCUCGCUGGCGGUUGGGCGCUUUGACGUGGAGGAGAACCAGGUGCCAGACUUUGGGUGCUUCUCUCCCGAGGAGCUGAGAGCCGGCACCUCCAGCUGCACCGCACAUAUUGAGGCUCAAGGCUGCUGCAUGAUUCCCAACUGCCUGCCGAGCGAUAUGUGCGACAGACUUCAGGUGAUCGUGGAUGAUGUGUUGGCCGAUGUCUUGCAGAAGUUGAAGGACGCGCCAGAGGACAAAGGAUCGGAUCUUGGCUCCGUCCAUGGAGAGGAGCAGCGCUGGGACCUCAAGCUCCCGCUCACGGCGCCGGUGCGGGAGGCCGUGGAGCUCCUGGUGCAGUCCAUGGGCAGCCUCCUGGAGGACCUGGUGUCGCGAGAGGCCAUCCUGGCCGAACUGGCCUGCAUCGUCAGCGACCCAGGUGCGAAGCAGCAGCCCUUGCACGCCGACACCUUGCGAAUAGGCAGCGCUUGCGCGCCAUCCGUCACGGUGUUUGUUCCAUUGCAAGAUCUACGACCUGCGAUGGGGCCUACCAUUUUGUGCCAAGGCACGCACAACCUGCAAUCUCACAUGUCGCUCUUCAAGUGCGAGCAAGUCUUCAUGCCUCAAGAUGUGGUUGUGAAGAAGCACGGCGGCUUGCCGGCCUUGGCUGCGGCCGGGACGGGCAUCGUCAUGAACUCCAACCUGCUGCACUGCGGGGGCGCGAACCUGCCGCAGGCCAUGGGCGGGGCCAGGCGGCGGCUCUUCUACGUGACCUUCCAGACGCCGGGCAACACACCUGAUAGGUCGUCCUUCUCCCUGCGCGAGGAGUUGCUCGAGGAGUUCCAGCUCUCGGACUUCGACCAGCAGGCGCCGCUGGACCACGCUGUGGACUUGGAGCGCAAGGCGCUGCUCCUGGGCUCCCUGCGGGGCGAGAGCUCAGCGAUGGCCGACUUGGGCGUGUACCUCCAGGCCCGCGGGGACCCCGGGGCCGUGGAGUACUUCCGGAAGGCCGCGAUGCACAGCAACACGAAGGGAUUCGCCCUUCUUGCAGAUGUCUUUGAACGAGGGGACCUGGGUAUCCCGAAGAAUGUGGAGGAAGCCCGGAGGCUCCGCGACUUUGGUGCUGCGCUCGAAGAGCACCUGAAGACUGGCGAAGGAGAGCCCCCGGAUGCCGCGGGCAUGAGGUCCUGCGUGAAGGCCGACGACAGACAUGGCGAGGCUGAAUGCCUCAGAGUUCUGAGCAUCCUCCACCAGGACUCAGGGGACCUGGAUUUGGCGCUGGACGUGCGAGCCCCAGCGAGGACCAAUGCGAGCGCCCGCAGGCCGAGGGAAGACACCCUGGAACCACAACGAUUGACCAAGCAGCUCAGGAGGAACGAAUCCUGUGCCUCGGAGUGUCACUACCCACCACCGUCACCUGCACCAUCAGACGAGUUCGAGGAGCUGCGGCACCUGCCGCCGCCCUCCCCGGCCACGGCAGCCUUCCGGCCCCAAGUGGAGAAGGGCGUGAAAUACGUCGUGGUCUCUGGGGGAGUUUGUAGCUCCUUGGGCAAGGGUGUGGCAACUUCCUCCAUCGGAGCGCUGCUUCGCGGGCACGGAUUCAGGGUCACAUCCAUCAAGCUGGAUCCCUACAUCAACGUGGAUGCCGGACUGAUGAGCCCGUAUGAGCACGGCGAGGUGUAUGUGUUGGAUGAUGGUGGAGAGACCGAUUUGGACUUGGGCAACUACGAGCGCAUGAUGUAUCUUUCGCUGGGCAGGGGCAAUAACUUGACCACGGGCAAGAUCUACGAGUCAGUCAUCAAGAAGGAGCGUGAAGGCAAAUAUUUGGGCAAGACCGUCCAAGUGAUCCCGCACAUCACCGGGGCCAUCAUCGAGUGGAUCGACAGUGUUGCUCAGAAAUCCGUGGACGGCUCCGGCCUUCGACCGCAGAUCUGCAUGAUCGAACUGGGGGGGACCAUCGGCGACAUCGAGUCCAUGCCCUUCAUCGAGGCCCUGCGACAGCUCAAGUUCAGCCUGCCGGAGAACUCAUUGGCUUGGUGCCAUUGCUCCUACAUCCCGAACAUGAGCGGCCAGAAGACGAAGCCGACGCAGCAUUCGGUGAAAGCUUUGCUGGGACUAGGUGUUCAGCCUGACAUCAUCAUUUGCAGAAGCCCGGAUCCAGUGAUGGAGGACACCAGGAAGAAGAUCGCCAACCAGUGCAACAUUCAGACCGCUCGAAUCAUCAGCGCCCACGACGUGAAUAACCUCUUCCACGUCCCCGGCAUCUUCGCAGAACAGCACAUGGUGGGCUUGCUGAACGGCCUGCUCCGCCUUGGCGACGAUCUGGAUGUCACCACGAAGUACCUUCCCAAGGGUCGCCCGGGAAGCUUGCGCACGCUGAAAGACUGGCAAAAGUUCGCCAAUCGGGUGGAUCAGGCUGCCGUAUCCCCGCCAGUGACCAUUGCCUUUGUGGGGAAGUACAACAAAGGAGGUGGGGAUGCCUAUCAGUCCGUCAUUGCUGCGCUGGAGCACGCAGCAGUGGCUGUGACCCGAAAGCUGAAGAUAGAGUGGGUCGAUGCAACCGAUCUGGAGCUGCCGGGCCCGGAUCAUCCGAACUUCGAAGCGCAGAAGCAGACGGUGAAGACCACCGAGGCCAUCCUCAAAGCUGCGGAUGGAAUCUUCGUGCCGGGAGGAUUUGGCGACAGAGGUGUGGAGGGCAAAGCCAGGGCGGCCGGCCUGGCGCGAGAAUGGAAGAAGCCCUACCUUGGAGUUUGCCUUGGAAUGCAGGUGGCGCUGAUCAACUUCGCCAGGGACCUGCUGGGUCUUCCUGACGCCACCAGCGAAGAGUUUGACUCGCAGAAGAAGUCGAAGAACCACGUCAUCAUCUUUAUGCCAGAGAUCUCCAAGGAGACCAUGGGCGCGAACAUGCGGCUGGGGGCGCGGUGGGUGGAGUUCACACAGCCGGAACAGUCCCUGGCGUCAUCGCUCUAUGGUGGCGCUCCACGCAUCAUGGAACGACACCGGCAUCGCUAUGAGUUCAACAUUGCAUACAAAGAGCGCAUGGAAGCGAAGGGAUUGAUCUUCUCGGGCCAAGACGAGACCAAGGAGCGCAUGGACAUCAUUGAGAUGUCGCCCAAGGAGCAUCCUUUCUUCAUGGGUGUGCAGUACCACCCAGAGUACAAGUCCCGACCCGGGCAGCCAUCGCCUGCCUUCUAUGGCUUUGUGGCUGCCGCCAGCAACCCCACCCAGGCGGGCCAAAAGAUUCCAGGCCGAGAGGAGCCCAAGGAAGCGGCCCGUGCAGCGGAGGCGGCCAAGAACAUCUACAAGAAGGACAAGGAUGUCUACGGCCAGGUGGAGUCGCUGGCCCUGGUGGCGCAGGCUCACAUGUUCAUGGUGAGCAAGCUGGAUGCUGCUGAAGAGCUGGGGGCCUUGUGCGCCAUGGCGCCGCUGAAGCUGAACCCCAUGAUCAGCAAGAUGGAAGAGUCCUUCACUGUGGCCAUCUUCAGCAAGGUGUCCAACAUGAAGAGCCGCGGGGAGAAGGUGAACGGAGCACUUUGCGUGGGGCAGCCCGACUUCCCGCCGCCGCCGGAGGCGCUGCGCGCCACGCAGGAGGCGCCGGGCCUGGGGCUCACCAGCUACACCGCGGUGACAGGAACACUGGAGCUUCGGCAGGCAAUCGCAGAGUACCUGGACAAGUUCAAGAAGGUCCAGUACACCGCUGAUGAGAUACUGGUGGCGUGCGGAGGGAAGCAGGCCAUCUACCAAGCGAUGAUGGCCCUCUGCCAGGAAGGCGACGAGGUGAUCGUGCCGGCGCCGUACUGGACUUCAUAUCCUGAUAUCGUCAAGCUAUCGGGGGCCACCCCCGUGAUCCUCGAGACUACGGCAGCACAGGGCUACGCGAUAGAUGCUGCAAAGCUGGCAGGCGCUAUCACGCCCAAGACGCGAAUGCUCAUUGUGUGCAACCCCUCCAACCCCACAGGCUGUGCCAUGUCAACCGAACAGCUGGAAACCAUCGCUGAAGUCCUUCGACGACCCGAGAACCAGCACGUGCUGGUGAUGUCCGAUGAGAUUUACGAGCGAAUUUGCUAUGAUGGUUUGGAGCAUGCUUCCUUCGCGGCUUUGAAGGACAUGUGGGAAAGAACCCUGACGAUCAAUGGCUUCUCCAAAGCCUUCGCCAUGACAGGCUACCGAUUGGGCUACCUGGCGGCGCCCAAGGAGAUUGUGAAGGCGGCCUCCAAGUUGCAAUCUCAGAUCACUUCCUGUGCCUCCAGCAUCGGGCAGCACGCCGGCAUUGCCGCGCUGAAAUGCGACAUGAGCUACAUUGACGCCAAAGUCGUCGAGCUCAAGGAGAAGCGGGACCUGGCGAUGUCCCUCCUUGCGAAGAUCCCCGAUGUGAAGUGCCCCAAGCCGGGAGGCGCCUUUUACUUGUUCCCAGACAUCUCGGCAUACUUGGGCCGUCAGACUCCUGAUGGAGAAGCUGUGGAGGACGGGGUGCAACUUUGCCUCCACCUGCUGGACAAGUAUCAGGUCGCUCUGGUGCCUGGCAUCGCCUUUGGUGAUCCGAAGUGCCUACGUCUAUCUUACGCCGCGACAAAGGAGAACAUCACCGAUGCCAUCACCAAGCUGGGCACUUGCUUGCAAUCGCUGAGCUCGGCCAAGAGGGCGCGGACGACGGAGCUCUCGGCGACGUGCUCGCGGGCGCUUCGCCUCGCGCUUCGCGUCUUCGCUUUGAAGCGACGCCCGGGGCUCGCCGACGCGGCUUCGGCGGCGGCCAAAAGGGCCGCGGAACUGGGUGCGGAAGAAGGGCCAGUCAAGGAGAACAAGCUGAACAUCGCCGGCUCGAAGGCGUAUGUGGCGACGGAUGAGGCGAUGGAGGCCAUCAAGGACUGCAAGGACGACGGUGCCAUUGCAACUGCCAACUACUCGCGAGCAGAGGUACUCACCCUCUUCGGAGAGACACGGGACUCGGUGGCCGCAGCCAGACGAGCCUGCGAUGCUUUCCGCCGAAGAGGCGAAGAACAGCCACUUGCCAUGGCCUUGAUGCUGGCUGCAAGGGGAUUCAUCGAGCUUGGGACUGUUGGCAUGGCCGAAAAGGCUGCCGAAGAGGCCCUGGCCAUUUUUACCAGACUAAGAGAUGACGAGGGGCUGGCCGCGGCCAACGAGCUGCUGAACGAGCUCGGACCGGCUGGCGGCGCCGGCGUCUCGGGCAUUGCGAACUACGAAGUGGAGGCAGUUGCCAACGUGCCAGCUGCUGCGUCAGCCGUGGCCAAGCAAGAAGGGCCAGACCCGGCGCAGGUCAAGGAAAUGAUCCGCAAGGAGGUGGAGAUGAUCCUGGGAAGCAGUGACGAAGUUGCGAACGACACGCCUUUGAUGGACACCGGUCUGGACAGUCUGUCCGCCGUGCAGUUCCGCAACGAUUUGACCCGCGAUUUCAACGUCAAGUUGCCAGCUUCAUUGAUGUUUGACUAUCCGACCAUUACAGCGCUCACGGAGAAGAUCGUCCAAUCUCUUGAGGAUAGCUAG